GGCACUAUGGCCGCGCGGAGGCCAUAGUCCGCCACUAGCUUGAAUGUUGGCUACCAGUCAGUCAGUUAGUCAGUCAGUCAGUCAGUCGGCUAGUCGCUAGCUAACAUCGCUAGCAGCCGCGGACAUUAAAGCUUGCUUUACUUUCUCUUCUCCUUCAGCGGCGGACAACAUGGCGUUAAAGUAACACUAGUAUGGCCGAGCGAGCGGGCACCGACGACGGCUUGCUGACUUCGCCCAACAUUCUGCGGGAUUUAAGCGCCAGCGGGCCGGGGGACGUGAGCGACAUGGACCCGGAGGACUCGGAGGACCCGGAGGUGUCCCUGGAGGACAUCCUGGUCCUCUACAACCAGCCCAUCAACGAGGAGCAAGCCUGGGCCGUCUGCUACCAGUGCUGCCGUACACUGGCGCGCAGCACACGGCGGCGGAAGGGCUCCAAGAGCGGCCGCGCCGCUGGAGAGUCCCCGCGGAGGGUGGAGGGACCCGGGGACGUGAAGAUCUGCAGUGACGGCACUGUUAGACUGGACCUUGAACGCAGCACAGAUAAAUACGGAUCAGCUUCCACGUCAUUAGAGGUCAUGGACUCGCUGGGCGUGAUGAUCUACAAAGCCCUGGACUUUGGGCUGAAAGAGAACGAGGAGCGCGAGCUGAGCCCGCCGCUGGAGCGCCUCAUCGACAUGAUGACCAACCCCCAAGAGGCCGAGGGCGACCUUUGCCCCGACGAGGGCUACGAGGCCACGGAGGAGGAGGAGGACGAGGAGGAGGAGGAGGAGCGGGCUCUCACCUCCUUACCUGCCGGCACCGUCAGCCAAAUACGCAGCUACCGCGACGUCGUCACGUUAUGUUCCUCGCACCUUCCCAGCCCCUCCGAUGCCCCGGACCACUACCAGGCGGUGGUCCGGGUCCUCUACACGGAGUCCCGGGAACUGCGCACCUUCCUGGAGAAGAUCAAGAGUGCCAAGGAGAAUCUUCGUAAAAUGGAAGGCGAGACCCAGGGAGACCCCGCCAAAGACCUGGACGAGCUCCAGAACUCAGACUGGGCGCAGUUCUGGGUGCAGGUGAUGCGGGACCUGCGUCACGGCGUGCAGCUGAAGAAGGUGCAGGAGCGCCAGUACAACCCGCUGGUCACCGAGUACCAGCUGACGCCCUACGAGAUGCUGAUGGGCGACAUCCGCUUGAAGCGCUACAAGCUGCGCAAAGUCAUGGUGAACGGUGUCAUUCCUCCCAGGCUGAAGAAGAGCGCCCAUGAGGUCAUUCUGGAGUUCAUCAGGUCACGACCCCCGCUCAACCCCGUGUCCGCUCGCAAGCUGAAGCCACACCCUCCACGUCCUCCCAGCCUACAUGAGCGCCUCCUGGAGGACAUCAAGGCUGAGAGGAAGCUCAGACCUGUGUCUCCUGACCUCAUCCGCAGGAAGCGUCUGGGUGCAGGGAAAAGCAUGAGCACACCUCAGGAUUUGUGCCGCAGCUCAGACACUCCUGAUGGGACUAAGAAGAUGGCGUCCAGCACGCAGUCACUAAUCAGAGGCACGGUGGCGUUCACUAGAAAUGGCGCCAAGCAACUCAGCCAACGCAAGAGAGUCCUGAAGGCACCGACACUGGCAGAACUGGACAGCUCGGAGUCAGAAGAGGAGAACACACGCUGCAGCUCCUUGAUGGAUUUAUCUCCUGACGCUGUCAAAGGCAAGAAAAUGGUGUGCAACAGUGGUGUAUCAGACAAACAACAAAGAAUACAGUCUAUGAACAAUGAUGUCAUCUCUCCUUACAAUGAUGUCAUCUCUCCUUACGUCAACUCUCUCUCCUCCAAGUCUCUGCUGAUGGACACCAGCAGCAAGGAGGAGUUGUGCUUCCCGGUGGAGUGCGUGGUGCUGACGGUGGAGGAGGUGAUGCACAUCCGGCAGGUUCUGGUGAAAGCUGAGCUGGAGAAGUUCCAGCAGUACAAAGAUGUUUAUGCUGCCCUCAAGAAGGGGAAGCUUUGUUUCUCAUGUCGAACCAAACGCUUCUCCUUCUUCACCUGGUCGUACACCUGCCACUUCUGCAAGAGGCCCGUGUGCUCGCAGUGCUUCACCAAGAUGCGUCUGCCGUCCAAGCCGUACUCCACCCUGCCAAUCUACACUCUGAGUCCCAGCACGGCUCUCACAGACAACAUGGCCGCCAGAGACAACAUGGCCGCCAGAGACAACAUGGCCGCAUCUCCAGACUCGUCCAAGGAGCCGUUUGGGUCGGCCCAGAACCGAAGGAGCCUGCGCAGGUUCUCCAGGGCGGGCAAAGACGAGGACGCCCCGCUGGAGCUGGAGCUGCCCAAGGAGCUGAUGGAGGACUGGGUGGUGACGGAGGUGUGUGUGGACUGCAAGAAGUUCAUCACGGAGAUCAUCUCCUCCAGCAGGCGCAGCAUCACUGCCACCUCCAAGAGGGCUCGCCUCAACCGCCGCACUCAGUCCUUCUACAUGGCCUCCUCCAGCUCCCUCACCUUCAGACCCUCCAACUUCACCAUCAACGAGGCCUAGACCUUCUCACCAUCAACCAGGCCUAGACCUUCUCAACCAGGCCUAGACCUUCUCAACCAGGCCUAGACCUUCUCUGCAUCAACCAGGCCUAUACCUUCUCAACCAGGCCUAGACCUUCUCAGCAUCAGCCAGGCCUAGACCUUCUCAACCAGGCCUAGACCUUCUCACCACCAACGAGGCCUACACCUUCUACAUGGCCUCCUCCAGCUCCCUCACCUUUAGACCCUCCAACUUCACCAUCAACGAGGCCUAGACCUUCUCACCAUCAACGAGGCCUAGACCUUCUCACCAUCAACGAGGCCUACACCUUCUACAUGGCCUCCUCCAGCUCCCUCAACUUCAGACCCUCCAACAUCACCAUCAACAAGGCCUAAACCUUCUCAACCAGGCCUAGACCUUCUCUGCAUCAACCAGGCCUAUACCUUCUCAACCAAGCCUAGACCUUCUCAGCAUCAGCCAGGCCUAGACCUUCUCAACCAGGCCUAGACCUUCUCGCCAUCAACGAGGCCUAGACCUUCUCGCCGAGCUCUAGACCUUCUCCCCAUCAACGAGGCCUAGACCUUUUCGCCGAGGCCUAGACCUUUUUCACCAUCAACCAGGCCUAGACCUUCUCAGCAUCAGCCAGGCCUAGACCUUCUCAACCAGGCCUAGACCUUCUCGCUGAGGCCUAGACCUUCUCAGCAUCAGCCAGGCCUAGACCUUCUCAACCAGGCCUAGACCUUCUGGCCAUCGAGUAGUAGACCUUCUGGCCAUGGAGGAGUAGACCUUCUGGCCAUGGAGGAGUAGACCAUCUGGCCAUGGAGGAGUAGACCAUCUGGCCAUGGAGGAGUAGACCAUCUGGCCAUGGAGGAGUAGACCAUCUGGCCAUGGAGGAGUAGACCUUCUGGCCAUGGAGGAGUAGACCAUCUGGCCAUGGAGGAGUAGGCCAUGGAGGAGUAGACCAUCUGGCCAUGGAGGAGUAGACCAUCUGGCCAUGGAGGAGUAGACCAUCUGGCCAUGGGGGAGUAGACCUACUGGCCAUGGAGGAGUAGACCAUCUGGCCAUGGAGGAGUAGACCUUCUGGCCAUGGAGGAGUAGACCAUCUGGCCAUGGAGGAGUAGACCUUCUGGCCAUGGAGGAGUAGACCUUCUGGCCAUGGAGGAGUAGACCUUCUGGUCAUGAAGGAGUAGACCUUCUGGUCAUGGAGGAGUAGACCUUCUGGCCAUGGAGGAGUAGACCUUCUGGCCAUGGAGGAGUAGACCUUCUGGCCAUGGAGGAGUAGACCUUCUGGUCAUGGAGGAGUAGACCUUCUGGCCAUGGAGGAGUAGACCUUCUGGCCAUGGAGGAGUAGACCUUCUGGCCAUGGAGGAGUAGACCUUCUGGCCAUGGAGGAGUAGACCUUCUGGUCAUGGAGGAGUAGACCUUCUGGCCAUGGAGGAGUAGACCUUCUGGCCAUGGAGGAGUAGACCUUCUGGCCAUGGAGGAGUAGACCUUCUGGCCAUGGAGGAGUAGACCUUCUGGCCAUGGAGGAGUAGACCAUCUGGCCAUGGAGGAGUAGACCUUCUGGUCAUGGAGGAGUAGGCCAUGGAGGAGUAGACCUUCUGGUCAUGGAGGAGUAGGCCAUGGAGGAGUAGCCCUUCUGGCCAUGGAGGAGUAGACCAUCUGGCCAUGGAGGAGUAGACCUUCUGGUCAUGGAGGAGUAGGCCAUGGAGGAGUAGACCUUCUGGCCAUGGAGGAGUAGACCAUCUGGCCAUGGAGGAGUAGACCUUCUGGCCAAGGAGGAGUAGACCUUCUGGAAGAAAACACACCUGCACUUUGAGAAUGUAGAAGCAUGAAUGGAAGGAAGCCCCGCCCCCAUAUUGUUCUUGUCCAAUACCAGCUCAGCACUCAGGAAGAACAAGUGAUUGUCCUUUGUUCCAAUGCACUGUAGCUCCGCCCCCUCAGGCCCCUCCCCCUUUUCUUCAACAAUUAUGCCAAAAAAUGUUGAGAUUUGUCCCCAAAUGAAGUUUGUGUGCCAAAUGUUUUGUACAGAAUGUUUUUAUUUGGCUUUGGUUUCUCAGUCCUGAUCAAAACCUGUAAAUGAAUCAUCUCAGAUCAAAGACUUUGUCAUCUUUUAGGAUUGUUGUUGCACUUUUUCAUGCAUCAAACUGUGCCAUCCAAACUUUACGUCUUUCAUGUCUGCUUGUCCAUCAAAGACCUUCUUCAUGUCUGCUUGUCCAUCAAAGACCUUCUCCAUGUCUGCUUGUCCAUCAAAGACCUUCUUCAUGUCUGCUUGUCCAUCAAAGACCUUCUUCAUGUCUGCUUGUCCAUCAAAGACCUUCUUCAUGUCUGCUUGUCCAUCAAAGACCUUCUUCAUGUCUGCUUGUCCAUCAAAGACCUUCUUCAUGUCUGCUUGUCCAUCAAAGACCUUCUGAUCAAGGUCUGCAUGCUUUCUUCUUCUUGUUGUAGCCAACAAACUACAAAUAAAUCGAUUCUUUCUUAUA